AUGUCUGUGUAAUUCGCGACGCAGCCGGGAAACGCCGUGUAAUGAAAAUGGAGUCUGACACCUGUCAUCGCCCCAGAGAACUUGAAGGUAUUGCGCUGAAUUUAGGAGAGCUAGACCUUACUUCAGAUGACUUUCUAUUGGAAGAAGUGGAUGUUCACAUUCAAGAAAAUUUAGAAGAUGAAUUUGUUAAGGAGGCAUUAAAAACGGGAGUUGAUCUGCGACAAUAUUCCAAACAGAUAGAGUGUGAGUUACUACAGGUUGAGAAUGCAUCCAUUCAAGAUUAUAUCAAGGAAAGUGAGAAUAUUGCCAGUCUUCAUAAACAGAUAGCAGCCUGUGAUACUAUACUAGAGAGAAUGGAGGAGAUGUUGAAUGGGUUCCAGUCUGACUUGAGCAGUAUCAGCACAGAGAUCCAGUCUUUACAAGAGCAAAGUAUAGCAAUGAAUGUCAAAUUGAAAAACAGACAGUCAAUACGAGGAGAGCUGAGUCAGUUUGUAGAUGAAAUGGUCAUACCUGAAUCUAUGAUCAAUCAUAUAUUGGAUACCCCUGUAACUGAGAGAGAGUUUCUAGAACAGCUACAUGAACUCAAUCACAAGAUAAACUUUGUGAAGGAACAGUCAUUUAGAGAUGCUAGGUCUUGUCUUGAUGUGAGAGAUAUACUUGAGAAACUGAAAAUAAAGGCAAUAGCAAAGAUCAGAGAGUUUCUGUUGUUGAAGAUAAAUUCCUUCAAGAAACCAAUGACUAACUACCAGAUACCACAAGAUACAAUGUUAAAAUUCAGGUUUUUCAAUGAGUUUUUGAUGACCAAUGAAAGACAUGUUGCUAAGGAGGUUAGAGACGAGUACAUGGAUACGAUGAGCAAAAUCUACUUCUCCUAUUACAAGGGAUAUCUCAGCAGAUUGAUGAAGUUACAGUUUGAAGAAGUAGCAACCAAAGAUGAUCUGAUGGCUGUGGAUGAAACUGCCAAGAAAGGUUUCUUUACUAGCAAGACAAUCCUGAAGAACAGGUCAACAGUAUUUACAGUUGGUAACCGUGGUGAAGUACUGACCACUGAGUUAGAGGCCCCUAUCAUUGUACCUCAUGCUGCACAGAAAUCUGAAAACAGGUACACAUUUGAGAGUUUAUUCCGAAGUUUACAUUUUGCUCUGAUGGACAAUGCAUGCAGGGAGUACCUGUUCCUCACAGAUUUCUUCAUGGCGUCGGGAACCUCGGCUAUAGACCUGUUUAAUACUGUGUUUGGCAAAACACUCUCUAUUUACCUGAAAUCAAUGGAGGAGCAUAUAAAUGAAUGUUAUGAUUCUAUAGCCAUUUUCCUUUCCAUCCAUAUAGUGCAUCGAUUCCGCUCAAUUAUGGAAAAUAGAGGGGUACCAGCACUGGAAAGGUACUGGGAUAGUAUAUUACACAUAAUGUGGCCUCGUUUUGAAUACAUCCUGGUUCUAAACAUACAAAGUGUACGUGACUGUGAUCCAGAGAGGCUGGGCCAUAUUGAUGUCAGACCUAACUAUAUAACAAGACGGUAUGCUGAGUACUCUGCGGCAAUAUUAGGUAUCAACCAGUCAUACCCAGAUGAAAGAGCAGACAGGAUUCUGGGACAGCUACAAACAGAGGUCGAAAACUUUAUUCUAAAACUAGCAGCAGAAUUUCCACACAGGAAGGAGCAGCUGAUUUUCCUAAUUAACAACUAUGAUAUGAUGUUAGGUGUAAUUACAGAGAGGACAACAGAAGACUCAAAAGAGUCUGAAAGUUUCAAAGAGCUGCUAACAGCACGGACACAUGAGUUUAUUGAGGAAGUACUUACACCACAUUUUGGUGGUAUGAUCAUGUUUGUGAAGGAUUGUGAAGCACAUAUUGAGAGGGGGAAUAUGGAGGCUUUAAGACAUGAAGAAAGGAGGGUAACACAGCUUGUUAAAGGUUUUAAUGCUGACUGGAAGAGAGCUCUAGAAUAUAUCAACCAGGAAGUGAUGAGAUCCUUUACCAACUUUAAAAAUGGAACACAGAUAUUACAGGGAGCUUUAACCCAGCUGAUACAGUACUACCAUAGGUUCCAGAAAGUGUUGAACCAGGGACCUCUACGUAAUCUACAGAUCAGAAAUGAACUUAUCAAUAUACAUCAUGUCAUGGUGGAAGUGAAGAAAUAUAAACCUACAUUCUGAAAAUGGGCUGCUGACCUACGUCAGUGUAACAUCUGGGCUGCUGACCUAUGCCAGUUUAACAUCUGGACUGCUGACCUACAUCUGUUUAACAUCUGGGCAGCUGACCUACUUCAGUUUAACAUCUGGACUGCUGACCUACGUCUGUUUAACAUCUGGGCUUCUGACCUACUUCAGUCUAACAUCUCGACUGCUGACCUACGUCAGUAAAACAUAUGGGCUGCUGACCUACGUCAGUAUAACAUAUGGGCUGCUGACCUAUGUCAGUAUAACAUAUGGGCUGCUGACCUACAUUCUAGCAGUUGUUCAUGGUUAUGAUCUGGAGGUGCUAGUCUGGAAAAUAGUGUGUUAAUUUACAAUGGUUGGUGCAAAAGUUAUAAGAAUAGUCAAGUUUAAAGGAAAUAAGAUUGUACACAGUGCUUAAAGAAAGAUAAAAACAUUGGAAGAGUAAGCUCUAGAAAGUGACACCACUAGCCUGUCAGAGAGGACAUUUAGACUGGGUCUAGACUGAAUAUAAGUGGGAUGACCAUUCCUGAGGGUUGUGGCAAAGUUUGAAUAUGAGUAAUACAAGUUAUGUGAUAAGACAUAUGUUUCAUACGUGUUAAACAUGUUGGAGUAAAUGAUAGUCAUUAUUUCAUUUCAUGGGCAGAAAAUUACUCUGCAACAAAUAAUGAUUUCACAGUACAUACAUAUUUUUAAUUCAUUCCUUUUUAGCUCAUCUGAGCACAAAGUGCUCAUGGUGAGGUAUUGUGAUCAUGCUGUGUCCGUUGUGCGUCCUUCCGUCAAGUCAUCUGUCGUCAACAUUUGUGUUUAAACGACAUCUCGUCCAAAACCUAUGAAUGGAUUUUGAUAAAACUUGGCCAUGAUGUUCCUUGUGUGGUCCUCUACCAAACAUGGCUGCCAGAGGGUGUGGUCGCUUUCCCUGUAUGUAUAUAGUGGAAACUUUAAAAAUCUUCUUGUUUGAAACUGCAAGCCCGAUUUUAAAAUAAUUUUACACAAAUGGUUCUUGUGUGACCCUCUACCAAGAUUCUUCAGAUUAUUCUGAUUUGUCAAAAAACAUGGCUGCCAGGGGGCGUGGUCACUUUUCUUCUCUGAAUCAGUAAUAGCUAGAGCCUUGAUAUUUGGCAUGUGAUAUCAGAUUUGUAAUGUCUACCAUAAUUGUUCAAAUUAUUGCUUUAGGUUCAUGUAUAUAAUAUAGGCUAACAUAGAAGAAACCUAACUCUGUACUUAUACAAACACACUUGAAGCCUUGUACACAGGUGAGCGCUUUAGGUUCAAUGACCCUCUUGUUUAAGUAUUAGCUUCAUACAGAAUCCAAAUGAAAUUGUAUACACUGUACUACAUUCUCAUUCCAAAUAUUUUACAAUACUAGUAUGCUCCAAACAUAUACAGAUUGUUACGUAAAUGAAUUUUUAUCAAUUUAUAUAAAUUGUAAUUAUAUUACUUGUUACAUUUAUUUUAAAAAUACAUGUGCAAAGUGCUUGUUACCAAUCAUUGUGCAAUAAAUAAAUCUAAAAAACAAC